CCUCUUUUCCCACUCAUCUUCUUCCCCUCGCCCCUAUCUAUCCCCCCUACCCUGGCCCCUCCCCUCUCAUGUCGCUACCAAUCACUAGCGUCUCGCGAGCCCACCAGGACCCGACCCAGAUCUUGCCGUUGGCAGCUCAACUCCCGUGUAGGUGAGCCGGCUACUCCCCUCCCACCCCCACCACCAGAGAGUACACGGCGCCUCUUCUUCAAAAGCCCUCCCUUUGCUUUUCUCGGCGCUCCCUGGGGGGUUUUGGUCCGCCGAGGAGGGGUUUGGUGCGCCCGGCACCGGAGAAUCUUGGCGAGAAGUGCCUAGUUUCCGCUAGGCUGGUUGGUGGGGGGCGGGUGCCUGGUGCCGCGGCUUCAGCCAUGGAGGCAGUCGCAAUGUCACCGUCCUCCGUCUCGUCCCACAACCUCGACGCCGCCUCCACCAGCGACGACAUGCCGUCCUCGCAAGAGGGCCUCCUCUUCUCGGACAGCCUCAAGGACUUGAGGAAUCUGCGGUCGCAGCUAUACUCAGCGGCGGAAUAUUUUGAAGUAUUCUACACAAACAACUCGCACAGAUCUACGGUGGUAACGAGUUUAAAAGACUACACAGUUGAGGCACUUGUUAGCACUGUUGACCAUCUGGGUUUCGUGUCGUACAAGGUGGAUAAUCUCGUCAAUGAAAAGGCUGACGAGGUUAAUGAAACAGAAUUUCGAGUAUCGUCGGUUGAACAGAGGGUAAAGAUUUGCCAGCAAGCAAUUGACCAGGAGGGAAGAUCUCAACAGUCUCUUCUUAUCAGGGCGCCGCAGUACCACAGGCGUUACAUAUUACCAGGCGCAGAUAUAGUGGAAUCCGCUAUCCAUCCGGUUUCAGAGCCCACACGGUACAGCAGGCAACAUACGGGUCGCAAAAUGCGCAAGUCUCAGUCUGCAAUGUCCACUCCAGUUAGUAGGCAGACAACAAUGAGGAGUGUCCGUUCACAGUCUCCAGCAGUUCGUGAAACACACCAUCGAUCACGAUCCAUGUCGCCUUCUCGAAAAGCACGAGCUAAAUCACCAUCACCCCAAGUCGUGAACUUAAAUCCGAAAGAAACAAGAGCAGGUUCGCCAAUACCAACUCCUCCCAAUCCCCUCGCGCGAUCUGCCACAGUCGCAAGAAGACCACCUCUGGAUCCAAAGCAUUUUAGACAAACCUCGAUGCAGGUGCAGUCUGACUAUGAAAACCAGAAAGAGAGGGAGAAAAAAUCGAACAAAGGCCGGGGCUUCCUCAAGUCGUUGCUCACAAGACGCCGGUGGAGGAACGACGAGUCGCUGUACAAUUACUUGGACGAGUACUGAUCGCUGCAAUGUGUUGAAAAUCAAGCUCCAUGUUCACCGAAUCUCAUUCCUUCAUACAUGUGAUGUUGGAGCUCUCAGCUGAACUGCCUUUUGCUUGCCUGUGUGUGUCAUUUCCAUGUGUUUAUAGAUACAACGUAGACAGAAACACCAUCAGUUGCGCAAGCACAGGAUACAUGAGCGACUAAAUACAAUGCUCAGAUGAGCAACUUCAGUACCAUGCCAUCA